CUUCUGCUAGGACCUGUAAGACACUAGCAAGCUCUCCCUUUUGCUCUCGCGCUGUGCAGGUUCAAAGCGCACGGCAACGGUACGCAUUGGUAGGUAGGCUUGCUGCAACAUUUCUCGCAGUGCGCGCAAACAUUCACUGCUUGCAGCUUCUCACAGCACGCGUAACGCACCAUCACUCGGCGUCGCUCUGACAGCCGACAGCCGCAAACGCGCACUGAUGGCUGCAGAAGACGACUCGGACUUUUCUGAUGUAGACCUCGACACCAUCCGUGAGCGCGCUGGACGACACGCGGCUGCGAAGAGGUCUGCGCAGAGGGAGGCGCCGCCGCUCGAGGCCGUCGUCGCGGCGCCCGCCAAGGCCGUCGCGGCGCCGGCGCUGCGACAAGAGGCGCGACGACCACACUUGCUGGACGACACCAUCCGGGAGGCGCUGGACGAAAUGACGGAAGCGGUCGAUUUGUUGGUCUCGCCGCAAUUAGCGCGGCACGAGAUUCGGGCGCUCUGUCGCAGCAUGACGGAAGAGGUGGACGCGGCAGCGGCGCCGCAACUCGGGAGAAGCUUAAAACGCGUCGCGCGCGCCGACUUCGAAGCGUGGCUGGCCGACCGCAAGACCCGCUGGCGCGCCGAGCGGGGGUACGAGUACGAUUCAGAUUUUUCGGAAGUGGACCUCGACGAUCUCCGUGAGCGCGCGAAGAGCACACGAGAAAUCACCUCGCUCUGUCACGAAAUGACGGAAGCGGUCGAUUUGUUGGUCUCGCCGCAAUUAGCGCGGCACGAGAUUCGGGCGCUCUGUCGCAGCAUGACGGAAGAGGUGGACGCGGCAGCGGCGCCGCAACUCGGGAGAAGCUUAAAACGCGUCGCGCGCGCCGACUUCGAAGCGUGGCUGGCCGACCGCAAGACCCGCUGGCGCGCCGCUCGCGGAUACGUCGCACCCAAGGCCGUGGGAGAAGAGGCGGCGCGACGACAGAUCGCGCCUAAGUCAAAUUAUGGCGGUGCGGCGAGUGUGGCGCUCUCUGCGCCUCGACGGGCGGACGUAGCCCUGACCGCAGCGCCGGCGACGCCCGCCGAGCUCGACGCGGUGCGGCGCCUCAAUGCGGGUGAGUUCGUCAAGCCCGACGGCGCCUAUAAUUUGCUGCGGCGGCUCGCGUUAGCGCACGACGCUUCGGCGUUUCCCGUGGGUUUUGCCGUUCACGGCUCUGCCAUAGCGUUCGAGCCAUUUACGACCCCCCAUCUAGCUUUCUUCGUGUCGAAGGCGGUUCGCGAAUAUCGAGUGCUACCCGAAGACGCCAUCAGGGUUCGCUUCCAGCCCGGGGCGUUUUGGUGGGAUCCUCAGGACCCGACGCGCGGCGUCAACGCAAGGACGAUGUCGCGGUUCCGUUUGAACGGCACCGAGAUCUCCACGGAGGACAACCACGGCUACUGGGGCCGCGAGUUCAAGCUCGUCCAGCGCUCUGAUGCGCGGCAGAAGGGCGGGUCCAUAGACCUGACCGCCAGCGUGUCUCUCGUGCAGAUCUGGAAGACGUCGCUGGUGCCGAACGACGAGGCGCCCGGCCAAAGCGGUUGCGGCUUAUACAUAAAGGGGGCCCGGUCCGGUCAAGCUUAUUCUGUGGGGGGUCGGCAGCCGCGGAGUCGGAACCGAAGACGACGCGUCCGACGAACCGACGAGUGGGACGACAACGACGCGUCUGACUCCGAACCAGCCGAUCACGGCAACGAGUGGAGUCGCGCCGACGGGGCGGUCUUCUCCGACGAGUCCGACGCGGAGGCGUCGCAUAGCGACGGAUCGGAGUCGCCCGACGGAACCGAAGCGCUGGACGUGGCUGAUUUCCGCGCGCCGCUGGUCCUCGCGCCGUCGGUGGCGCGCGGCACGCAGUCGCGGCCGAGGACCGAGCCGACGCCGGCGCCAGAACCGAAGCCGGCGCCGGCACCGGCGCCAAGACCCGAGCCGGAGCCGGAGCCGGCUUCCUGGGUCCAGUGCGUGGCGUGCGACAAGUGGCGCGUCGUCGACGCGGAUACGGCUGCGUUGGCGGCCUCGUCCCCGUGGACCUGCACCGACGGCGGCAUCACGUGCUCGAAGAUGGCGUGCUCGGCCGGCGACGAUCCGGACUGCGAGUGUCACCAGCGAGACUGGAACGGACAGGUCUUGCUCGUCUCGCCGACCGGAGACGUUCUCGCGCACUACUGCUCGCCUCGAGGCGCCGGAGCCAUAAACGGCAUGUCGAAGUCCCUUGUAGAUCAAUGCUGUCGCGUCGAGGCGGACGGCAGACAAAACGUCUUCCGUUACGCGAGCGAGUUCGUGGCGGAUUCGUCGGUGGCCGCACCGACGCCGUCCGUGCCGUCGACGAGCUGCUUGCCUAGGGGCACGCGCGUCCGCGUCGAGGACCCGCGCUUCGCUGGGCAGACGGGCGUCGUCGCGGGAGAAAAGCACGGCUGGAACAUCGUUAAUCUCGACGCCGAAGGCGCCAAGUUCAUCCGGCCGAAGUUCCUGCGGAAGGCUGACGGCCCGCCGCGCGUCAAGGCGUCGCCGCGGGAGCCCUCGGACGGGAGUGCGCGGCGGCGCUCCGCGCCACAGAGCGACUCAGAGCAGGACGCUGUCGGACGCCGCGUGUGGGCGUUAUUUGAGCCGGACGUGUGGUGGUGCGGCACCGUCAUCAGCGUUAGCGGCGUCGCGCACGCGCGGUGCUACUCGAUCGUCUUCGACGACGGUGUGCGGCAGAGCAUGUGGCUGCGCGACGUCUUCGAAAACCCGCCGAGCGGCGCGAAGGUAGGUGCGCGGGGGCCCAACGCCCAGGCGCGGGCGGCCGUCGAAAAGGCACUCUCGCCCAAGGCGACGCCGUCGAAGCGCGAGCCGACGACGCCGCGGCCGAAACCGUCCGCGCGCAAGCGCGCCCGCCGCCGGCCACCGGCCGCGGCGCCGGUCGAACCGGUGGCGCCUGUCACGCCGCCGGCCACGCCCGUCGUCGCGCCGUCGGGUGAGUGCCCCAUAUGUUAUGAGCUGCUCGCGGCGGAUGCGACGGUCUUCGACUGCGCGCACGCCCUCUGCGCCUCGUGCUCGGAGACCUACGCCAAGGUCGAGGCGGAGCGGUCGAUGAGCCGACGGAGCGGUGUGUCGGUCGCCUGCCCCCUCUGCCGGAAGAAGGCGCGCGUCGCGCUGCCCGCAGGGACGUACUAGUGAAUGUAUAAACGUAAACGUGUUAGCGGACCCCGUUGGGUCGACGCCGGGGGAGGGGAGGGGAAACAACACGACAAAAGGUGGGUAGUGUCCCUUCGUCGCGAAGGGAGGCA